CUUACCGUGCAGAGUGUGAGCUCCGCCUUAUUCCGUUUUAAUACAUCAGAUCCUGUACCUAUCACCCCAGUAACUGAUACUAUAGCUAAAAAUUAUUCUCUAUUUCCCAUGAGCCCCUGUCGCGCUUUGGUGACGUCACUUCCGGGCGCGCAGCUCUUUUCUUUCUUCCCACAAUACCCCUCGCGCCGUGCUGUUAGCUCCGUGAGGCCCCAGGAGCAGCGGCAGGAUGUCAGCUCAGGCCCAGAUGCGAGCGCUGCUGGAUCAGCUCAUGGGCACAUCCCGGGACGGGGAUGAGACUAGGCAGAGGGUGAAGUUUACAGAUGAUCGGGUCUGCAAAAGUCAUCUUCUGGAUUGCUGCCCUCAUGACAUUCUUGCCGGAACCCGCAUGGAUUUGGGGGAAUGCACCAAGAUUCACGACUUGGCAUUGAGAGCAGAUUACGAAAUUGCCAGUAAAGACAAAGACUUGUUCUUUGAGCUUGAUGCUAUGGAUCAUCUAGAGUCCUUUAUUGCUGAGUGUGACCGGAGAACUGAUAUCGCCAAGAAACGUCUGUCAGACACCCAGGAGGAGAUAAGCGCAGAAGUUGCUGCUAAGGCUGAAAAAGUUCAUGAGCUGAAUGAGGAGAUUGGAAAACUUCUGGCAAAGGCUGAGCAGCUGGGUGCUGAAGGGAACGUGGAUGAGUCUCAGAGAAUUCUCAUGGAAAUGGAGAAAGUGAAAGCCAGAAAAAGAGAAGCGGAGGACGAGUUGCGAAAUUCUAUGCCAGCUUCCAGUUUCCAGCAGCAGAAGCUGCGAGUGUGUGAGGUCUGCUCUGCCUACCUCGGUCUCCAUGACAACGACCGCCGGCUGGCUGAUCACUUUGGUGGCAAGUUACAUCUGGGCUUCAUUCUGAUCCGCGAGAAGCUGGAUAUACUGAGGAAAACAGUUGCAGAAAUACAGGAAAAGAGAAACCAGGAUCGUCUGAAACGACGUGAAGAGCGAGAGAAGGAGGAGCGUAUGGGGCACAGGUCCAAAUCUAAAAGCCGAGACCGUCGAAGGUCACGCUCUAAGGAAAGGAGAAGGCGACGCUCCCGAUCCUCAUCCCGUGACAGACGGAGGUCAAGGUCAAGAGACAAACACAGACGCCACCGCAGCCGCUCAAGCAGUCGCAGCAGAAGUCACCGCAGCUCACGAGAGAGGAGUUCACGGCACAAGUAGUUGUGUUAUCACCAGUAGGCAGUGAGUUGUGAAAUUUACUCCAUGGUUAACUGAACGAAGAACGUUUUAAAUCCAGACGGCACUAGGACCAUUUUCCAGAGCUGUGAUCUGAUAACUUAGCUGCCGGGGUGCCUGAAGUACUUCAGCUAACGUAAUUUUGUGUUGCGUUGUAAAUAAUCAGACAUUGUUCUACAGAUAAAGUAUACGGUUUUUACUUACCGAAAACUCAUGUUUUAUAAACCUAAAUUUUUAUUGUUUUCAAGAUAGCUGUGUUUGCGAAAUUGUAUUCUGCUUGCCCUGAGUUUUGACCAUAGUGGGAGUACAAAUAAAAAGUAUUUGCUUAGUGUAA